GCCUCAGUACUGACAUAUCUGGGUCCUGUUCUCAGUAUUUAAUUGAAGAUGCAAUCUCAUAUCACCAGUAUACAACACAAAUAAAUGUCCAUCAAAUUAAACCCUUGUUCUUGGAAAACAUGUCAAUGAUGCUUAACAAAAAAAUGGCUUAGAAUAGUCAUAGUUGCAUGUUUAUUUGUAAAGACCAGAAAGCAAGGGCAAAAGCUUGUGAAAAAAACUCAGUGAUUUAAUGUCUCUAAAGUUUUAAGUGAGGUAAAAUAGUGAAGAGAGAUGGGAGAUAGACCAUUUUCACUGAGUAAUGACAUGAAAGGACAGUAAGCAUUACAGUUCUGAUGGAACCUUAUACUGCCACUACAAACUCCUGGAAAUCAAAAAGAUAGUAUCUCUGCAGAAGGGUGGGUGAAGCUAAUCCAUAGAAUCAACUAUUACAGCCUUGGAGAACAGAAUUUAAAGAAAAAAAACAAACAACCAGCCAAAGUACCAGCUUGCCAGUCUUCAUAAUAGAUCCAACAAAAAUCUUAAGUGCUUAAAAUGGAAUGUAGUCUUACAAGGGGACUUCAGCCUAAAACUGCAGUUCAGGUAACUCUUCUCAGCUGCUGCCCCAUCCUACUUUCCAAUCACUCCUCCUUGCUUAGCUGUAAUGCUUUCCUGCAAGUGCUCAUUUUUGAGCAAUCACAGCAAUCUACUUUUUGCCAAAACAAACAACUCAAUGCCUAGAUCAUAUCUGUGCUGUGCUAGAACCAAAGCUUUGAUGCAUUUCUGACCAAUUUUCCUAGAAGGAUUGGACCUGCAGAUAUCUACAGAGGGUCAAAGCUGUACCAAAGCAGCCUUGGCCAUGGUGUUCAUUGAAAAGUCUGCUCCCUCACUCCUUUUCUGUAAUGAUGUAUGGCAAGAAACACCACACUGAUGGUUCAGCUAUGCAGGAGCAUAAUAUUACCAACCAGUGUAUGGUGCUCAUAGCACUGAUUCUGUUUUACAUGAAGAAUUACAGUUUCCAGUACUGGGAUGAGCACCCCUUCUAGUGUACUUACAGCCAAAUUCAGACACAUUUGUCUUUCUGGCCCCAUGAAUCUCAAAAGCUUUUCUGUACUGUUUCUCUGUGGAGAGGAACACAAAUGGAGAGUGGGACAACAGCAUUAGCCAUAAGUUAGAGGAGGCAUGUCCAGUCUGCAGAACACAUGCAGCCCAGCACAGUUCACACUAUGGCCUGCCACAUGCCUGCAUCCGUCCCAGUGGCAAGUUGAAUGGGGUGCUACGUCAGGGCAGUCACACUGGUUCCUGCAGCAGUCACUGAGGACACACAUGGUAGCUCCUAGCAAGCAGGUUGCAACCACCAGUGGAGUGGCAGACAUAUGCCAGCCACUGCCCUGCAACAUGUGCUGCUGAGGCCUUACCAGUCCCUUGGGGCCACACUACAGUGAGAACAGGAGGCACUUCUGCUGUCCUACAUCCUUGUCGACCUUCUGUGCCCAGUGCUGAGAAAACUCAGUGCCUGCAGCCUGCCCUAAGCUGUCAUUUGCCUAGGUCCCUCCCAAGCCUGAAGGCCUGGGCUCAGCUCUCACUUCACAGAGCAAAGUUUUCCAGACUGCGGAGUCCAGGAGGAGAAACAGGUGUCCCAGUGCAAACUCCAACAUACCAAGAAAGGAGAGGCACUUACUCAAGACUGGUGCACAAUAGGCACUGCCUGGGCUGAAAUCAGGACGUAGGGAGGGUGCAGGGCUGUGCUGACUCACCUAAUGGCAAAUAAUUGUGUGCAAUUUAAUACACUGGCAAAACGUAGUCCUGUGAACUGAGAAAAAUAUGCAGCCUUGCUUUCUGUUUUGACACAGGAAUUUGAGAACAAGUUUCAAGAUUGCAAAAACAAACAACCAAACAAACAAAACAAAACCAUGUUCAGUUGACAUAAAUACAGUACUCGCAAAUUUUAAAUGGCAUGCAUAGGGCUGCAAUCACUUGCAAUCUCUUUACCAGGCCUUUGUAAGACCUCUCUUAGCAGAUGUUUAUUAGAGAACUACGUCUUACUCACGUUAUCACGUUUUGGCAGUACAUACAUUUGGGAACUACUGCUUUUGAGGAUGAAGUAUAGGAAGAUUUCAUCAAAAACCUCUGAUGAGCACCUGGAGAAUUCACUAAGAAUGGCAGCCACUGCCAUCAAACUGAAGUGAUGCAUUAGGAUCAUGAAAAGAAUAGUUAUAUCUCUCUGGUUUUGUGGUUUUAUUGCUCUUUGUGAGCAACAAAAUGCUCAGUGGGUGCAUGCCCAGGGCCAGGCUGCAAUCCUUGGCAGGGAGCUGUGGGGCAGGGGGAGGCUGCAGGACAGGCUGUGCUGGACCGUGGGUUGGACGUGCCUGGGUUACAGUAUUUUUUGAGAUACCAAGGUCACACUAUGAAUGCAUUCUAUCUGCUAUCUUUGGCAGCUGCACACCAGCCACACUGGAUUCAGACUGUGCACAGGCUGCUGUGUGUUCUGGAUCCCAUGACGAGGUGCUUAACUUCCUGUGGAGGCUAUCAUGGGUUCUGGAUUCCUCUCCUCUGCGUAAUAUAAUCAGAAACAGAUCCCAUCUCAAAGCUCUAGCCAGCCAAAAAUGGAGAAAAACAGAUUGGCUGACAUUCCACCACUGUUACACUCUCAUAGGCACACUGAUGCCUACGGGGUGACAUAGAUGCAAAUUAAUUUGGCCCUAGUAUUAUCAUUUAUAGUUCAAACAUUCAGUUGUUUAUAAUAAAAAUACAGUCGGGGUGGGUAUCGUGAAACACACAGGCUUUUCAGAUCAUUUAAACUGCAGUAGCAAUUGUAGUGCUUGCAGGCUGGAAUUAGAGUGCUGUGACAGCCAGCGGAUGCAGUAUGAGAACAGUUCCCCCAAAUUAACUCCUUGAAAUAUCUGAAGCACUGUAGUCAAAUAAAGAAAAGAAUGUCAUCUUCAAGUAUUCAGCCUACUAAGUACACAGAACCAGAGCCUCAGCUAAUGUAAACCCUUUACCACUUCACAGAUAUUGAGGAUUUCUGCUCUAGGACCAACAGAGCUGAAUAUAACCAUUAUACUUUUUCAUCUCCCUCUUUCUUCGCUGUUCUUUACUUUCUGUUCUUCCCUGAGGACUGAUACUAAAGCAAUUGGCUCACUGGGUUAGUGUGCAACAGAGGCAGGAAUUCAGGGCUUUUCUCAGCAAAGGAAAACAAGGAACUUUGGAGUUAUCUACAAAUGAAGUGUUAAAUUACUAAUCACUAAUUUAACAGAAGGAAGAGGACAGUAUACCACUGUCUGUCUUUGCUUCCUCUAGGCAGCCCCCAGUGCUGCUGUGACUGUGCCUCAGGCCUCCAAGCCAGAUGCUUAACUGCUCCAGACUGGCAGAACUCUGUUCAUUUCGCCCAAGCUAGGGCAGUGAAGUGUAAAUGAAAGUGAGGCUGGUAUGGUUUCCUGAGAUCUUUCUUUUUUCUUACUGCAUGCAUCCCUUCUCAACAAUACCAUUCAUUGAUGGGAAACACCCCACCUUGGAAUUAAUUAUCUUUUCUAUUACUGUCCAAAAGCAUUGGAAAGUCAAACAUUCAAAAAUUUGACUAAUCUAUUGGUUAGAAAACAUGAAAUGAAAGGCAUUUAAGCUAGCAAAAUAUCACUGGAAUUAAAGGGGGACUGAAAAUGCCUAUUGUGUCACUUGAGUUUGCUGCCAAAAUAAAGUCUCUAUUUGGUAAGCGUCCGCCCAGAUGGUGCCUAACUUUUAGUAAUUAUUGCCACUUCUCUAAAUAGAGUGAGUAAUUGAUACUACAUCUCAUUUAAGUUCUUUCAGACAUCUUAAAUAUAAUUGCGGGGCCUGGAAGCAUUUCUCCUGCUUUGCUCAUUGCUUGAAGACACACGGCCACGCAUGGAACCAAUUGCGAUUUGGCGUUACCACAAACCAGUGUCCCGGCAGCAAAACACCGCGAUGGAAUCAGAACCGGCGGACGGACGCGGCGCUCCGGCAGCGCUCAGAAGGGCGUGCGCUGCUGCUCAGGCAGCACGGCCGAGCGGCAGCUUUCAGGAGCGCGUCCGCGGCCUCCUCGGCACCAAGGCGAACCGAAGCGGCGCCGCACCGACGCGGGCCGCGCUGCCGGCGGAAGGCGGCGUUUGGCCGAGGCGCCCCGCCCGGCCCGGGAAGUGAAAGCGAAAUGCGCAGCGGGCGGGGCGGGGUCUGCGCGGUGUGACCGCCGUCCUGAGCGCCGCGGCGAUGUCCCACGGGCCGAGAAGGGGACGGGAGGAGGAGGAAGAGGGAGCGGCGAGGGGCAGCCGGGCGCGGCACGGCAGCUCCCACGAGUCCGCGGGCGGCGGCGGCAGGAGCCAGGGCCGGCACGAGAGGAAGAGGAAGAAGCAGGAGGCGCAGCAGCUGCAGAAGCUCCAGCACCUGGAGUCCUUCUAUGAGAAACCUCCCCCAGGGCUAAUUAAGGAAGAGGAAACAAAACCAGAAGACUGCAUACCUGAUGUACCAGGCAAUGAAAGUGCACGAGAAUUUCUGGCACAUGCCCCAACAAAAGGGCUUUGGAUGCCUUUGGGAAAAGAAGUCAAAGUUAUGCAGUGUUGGAGGUGUAAACGCUAUGGACACAGAACAGGGGAUAAAGAAUGCCCAUUCUUUAUUAAAGGCAAUCAGAAACUGGAACAAUUUAGAGUAGCACAUGAAGAUCCAAUGUAUGACAUAAUAAGGGAAACGAAACGUCAUGAAAAAGAAAUGAGGAUACAGCAGCUGAAGCAGCUCCUUGAGGAUUCCACCUCAGAUGACGAUAGCAGUGAUGACGAUGAUGAUGAAGAUAGCAGCAGCUCCACUUCCUCGGAUAAACACAAGAAAAAAAAGAGAAAGAAGGAAAAGAAAAAAAAAGAAAAGAAGAAGAAGAAGAAGAGAAAGCAUAAAUAAUCUAAAUCUGAUGAGAAUGACUGAUAGCAGUCACCUACUGUAUGCUCAUUGACCUCCCCCAUUCCCUGCCCCCACUUUUGAACUGCCUAGAAAGACCCAAAGAAUUAGGAAAGAAACUAGCAAAAGGGGCUUUUUAAAACUACAGAUGGAUACAUGUAGCAUGCUUCACUGGCUCUUUUUUCUACCCCUCUGCAGUGCUGCAGCCAGAAAAAGUAGAGCUGUGCUGAACGAAACACAAUCAUACAUAUCUUUUAACCAUGAAACUUGUGCAAAGCAUCAUCCAACUUGUGCAAAUUGCUAUGUGGCUGCCAGCAGAAAGCCAUCACUGCUGUGGUGGAAGAACUCAGCAGACUGUCUGCUGAAGCAUGUUUUCACCACACAGUCAUUUAAUUUUAUACAAAGCCUCAUUGCAAGGGGGCUGCAGUUUGCACUGGCAGUUCACUUACAGUGAGGACAUGUAUUUUUUUUCUGCAUACUGCCUGUGUUUUGAAGUCCACUGUACUUAACUUGCAGCUGGGGAAAUAAUGAACACUGCUGAAGGGGGGGGAAAUGUAAAUCAAGGGAAUUGGAGACAGAACCAGAGUGAGUUUUUUGUUAGCAAAAACUCAAUGUGAUUGCAGUAGACACAGUUCUAUAAUAUCUAGAACGUUCCCUAACCUGUAAGACUGUGAGCCAGCUGUGAUGAUGCUAGAUGCCAAUUUCACUGGUAGGGGUUGUUUUUGAUUAUUUAAAAAAGGGAGUGGUGGUUCAUGUUGGAAAUGAGAAAAGUGCAUUUCUACAUAUACUUCAGUAUCAGUUGUUUUGAUACAUUUGAUUUUUUUUUCCUUUUAAAAAGGCUUGAGGAAGUGAAUUCCAACUUAUGUUGUAUGUUUACUAGAACUAUUUCAUGUAGUAAUAGUAUAUGAAUCAUCCCACAAGAAUAUCAACAUCUAAAGAAGUUUCCAAACGUGCUUGUAAGCUACAGAACAGUAGCAAAGAAGUGUAAGCAGGAACGAUGUUAUACACUGACUACAAGUUCUUUCUUUUAAAUAAUGUUCCAUGAUAAACUUGACUGGAACAGCUGAGAUUGUGAUAAGUUGUUAAAUUCUCUCUUUUUGAAAGAGAUAAACGUACAGCAGUACAAAGCCGUGAUUUGAAGGCCUAAAUAUUCAUGGGUGCUCUGCAAAAGAAAAAAUAGAAUUGCUCUGAAGGGAGUAGGUAAUAUCUGAUCUCAUGCAGAACUUAGUCUCUGUAUUUAUGCUUAUAUUAAAGUACGAUGAACAUCA